GGUGAAUUUACACUCAAUCAGCACCUGUCACAAUGGUCAAGCUCGAGGGCUGGCAUCUAUCCUAUGUCAUAUUCCCCCUCUCCAUCCUUGUUCACCUCUACAUCUCCCCAUACACCAAAGUCGAGGAGUCCUUCAAUAUCCAAGCCACCCAUGACAUCCUCACGUUUGGUGUCCCAACCAAGAAUGUCCAUCUUCGACUCAAGGCCCAGUAUGACCAUAUGACAUUUCCCGGUGCCGUCCCGAGGACCUUUGUCGGGGCUCUCAUCCUGGCAUCGAUUGCGAGGCCAUUUGUGUGGUUAGCCAACCUCAAUGACCAAGAGCAACAAUUCUUGGUCCGUGCCCUGCUUGGGCUCUCCAACUCAUUCGCUUUGAUCGUUUAUACUUCUGGGGUAAGACAGUCGUUCGGCAAAGCAGCGGCCAAAUGGUUUGUCUUCCUCCAGGCCAGCCAAUUCCAUAUCAUGUACUAUUCCUCCCGGACCCUUCCAAAUAUGUUUGCAUUUAGCAUCAGCACCAUCGCUCUUCGAUUCUUUCUCCCAUCUCCUACAUCAACAAUGUCCCCUACAAAACGAACCCGGCUCGCACUCUACCUCCUCACCUUGGCCACCGUUGUUUUCCGAUCUGAGCUGGCUUUACUGCUCGCCGCCCAUGUUAGCUACAUCCUGUUCCGGUCCAGCACAAUCGCCAAUGCUGUCUCAUUGGUGCGAACGACAUUUAUCCCUGCGAUCGCCGCCGCCAUGGUCGUUGGGCUCUGUCUGACCGUGUCAAUCGACACCUUUUUCUGGCAGUCCAAAUCACUCCUAUGGCCUGAAUUGGCAUCCUUUGUCUCCAACAUCUUUCCUUCGGACCACAGUCUCGGAGCCUCUGCAUGGGGUACUUCUCCAUGGCAUUGGUACUUUACAUCAGCCAUUCCCCGUUUGGUCCUCAAUCCCCUUUUGUUGUUGUUGAUCCCUUAUGGCAUGACAACGCCCGUGGCAUCUUCUGUCGCCCAUUCCCUCACCCCUUCACUGGUAUACAUUGUUCUAUACUCGUUCCUCCCCCACAAAGAGACACGGUUCCUAUUCCCCAUUGUACCGCCGCUGACAGCCUCCAUUGCUAUCAUCGUCGGCCAUAUCACAACCCGAAUUCCACAAUCUGACGCCAAAAAGCCCGUCAGCGCCAUGACCAGCAUUGCCAACACCCUUGUCUCCGACAUCCUAGUCAGUAGCACCGUCCUAACUGCUCUCGUCUCCCACCUUGUCCUGCUGCCACUUUCAGCUCAAACAUACCCCGGCGGCCACGCUGUAUCGCUGUUGCACACUAGCGUCGAACACCAAGAACCCACCACCGGUCAGCCACAAAUACACGUACACCUAAGCAACCUCGCCCUACAGACUGGCGUCACACAUUUCCUGACUCCGGCAUACCCGUUCCAACAGACGUCUUCAUCCCGUCCCCUGCUCACCAUGCCAGGCUCGGCCGACGGCAGCAAACCCCCACUAACAUUUCCAGCGCCCAUGCGCCGCACACGGUGGAUCUAUGACAAGACCGAUGACGAAACGUCGUUACACACGCCGGCGUUCUGGAAUCAAUUUGACUAUGUCGUGGUCGAAGACCCCGCGCUCGCCAUUGGAGCCUGGGAUAUUGUGAGCAGUGUGCCUGGCUUAGGCAAGAUGCGCCUUCUCGCGCCCGACGUCGGUCGAGGCCUGCUGGUCUUCGAUGGAAGCCAAGGCGACGACAAGACCAAGUUUAGGAGAGGUGACGACGGACUAGCCAUGCUUGUCGCCGAACUAUACGGGCAAGGGCCCAAGUAUCUCUACGGAGUGGUACACGAUCUACUGAGGGAAGGCUAUGGACUUCCCUCCCCUUUCAGUUGGACAUCCGGCUGGUGGCUUCAUUGCAGUCUGGAGCCAAAGCUAUAUAUCCUCAAAAAGUCACAGAGUGGAAUCAAACCAGCGUGAACGUCGUACCAUUUUGAAUGACAAAAGUUUGCGUCUUGGAUUGGAUAACAACUGGGACAAUCUUUGGUUGCGAAUUUCAUGAUUUGAUUGUGAUUCCCAACAGGUAGGAACUGACUUCAGGAGUCAGGCAUCUGUCAUUCGUAUAUAGAAG